UUUGAGAGGCUGGCUUUGAGUGCAGGUGUGCGAGUUUAUCUGGAGAGAAAGUUAAAGAACGAUAGCGGUCAGCAAUGAUCAACUCCUUAAUUUAAUAUAUGAUGGAAGAAAUCUCGAUGAGAAAAUUUGAUCUAAAUGAUAAGGUCUUGCUUUCUGGAGCAGGCUGGAUGGAACGUGAAGUACCCGACAGAAUGCAAGAUACUAGGGAAUCAGAGAAAGAGACCACCUCAGAAUUCCCGACAAGAUUUCAAGAUGAAUCUAAAUUCAGACGCUAAAGAAGCAAAAGCUUUGGAGACCUCUGCAAUUACUAUUGAAUCAUAUGACUCAGCAACCACAAGUAACACGAACAGAACUUUAGAAGACUACAAAGCUAAUGAUAGUUUAAGUGAUGUUGAAGAGGACAAUGGUGAUGAGGGCAAUAAAGAGGAAGAAAGGAGGGCACCAAUUGAGUUGAUGGGAGAGUUCUUGAAAGCAAUAAUGGACCAUGACUACAAGCUGUCAAGCAAGCUUUGCCAAAUGAUUCUCCUCUAUGAGCCUGAAAAUUCAGAAGCCAAACAGUUUGAGGUACUUCUGGAAAAGAAAUUACAGUUGGAUGAAGCUGCAUCAACUGGUCAAAAUGAUGUAGAAGACAGUACUGAAAGUGACAGCAGUGAUGAAGAUGACAGUGAAGAUAGCGAUAAUGAAGACAGCGAUGAAGAUGAAAGAUCAGAUGAAGAGUUUAUUGGUUCACCAGAAAGUGAAUAGCAUACAUAGAAAUUCACAAUUUCCAUGAAAAGUAUGCUCAUAUUACUAUUAUUUCUAAGAUCAGCAAGCUUCAUCAUCAUUUUUCUUAUAUUAAGUGGCACCUUUAAAGAAUGUUCAAUUCUUAGCUUAAAAUGGAUAAAUUGCUAUUAGUUUAGUGAUCAGCAAAAUAUGAAAAUCAAGCAUCAAACAAGAAUUUGUUAGGUUGCAAUCUUUUUGCAUUGUUAAAUAUCAAGACCUCUCUUGUUCCCACAUUUUAGUAGAUACAGUUGACUCAAUGAAUCGUCAUGUUUAAGAUUCUGUUAUAAUGGAUUAUAAUUCAAAUCUUGCUUCCAUCCUGGACAUUCGUACAUCAACUAUUUGCAGAUAUUGAACAAAAAUCAAAAUGAGUCUUUUGCCGGAACAGAAAGGUUUCAUCAGUUGUUUAGCCUGUCAUUUGUUUAAUGACUUGGCUUUCUUGCACACCAUUUAAUAAAUUUGCCCUUUGUGAUUAAAUAUAAUAGUAACAUGUACUGUUAAUGCGCCUGGGUUUUAUUUCUAAACCUGUGAUAAAGUGUAAUGUUACUUCCCAUACUUCUUCCUCCACAAUAGCUACAAUGUCCAGAAAGUUCAGUGAAGUCUCAGCAACAUUUUGUACAAGCAGUAGGAAAAUUUGAGUUGUAGUUUUGUACCUCAGAUUUGUAGUACACAUGUGAACAUAGUACCUUAGAUAUGACCAUUUCAGAUUAUACUUUCAUCAGUCAAUGAGGGUUGGAAUCUUCUUUAAACAUGUUAAAACUGUCCUAGCAUCCAAUUUUUUUUUAAAUGGCCCAUGAUUAUUUCUUAACCCUGGCUUCUUAAAUAUAGAAUGAUUUAACAAAAAAUAGUGAAUUUGUUCAACCUAUGUUGAAGUGCAAAUGACAGAAUUCUUAAAUAAGUUUCCAAUUUUCAUGUUUAACGCUGUGCCUACAAAAUUUGUGCUUUCCCAAACUUAUGAAUAUAUAUAAUUUUCUGCAACAUAGCCAAUUUCCCUCCCCAACCAUAUGUAACAGACCGCUCAUAUUUUAUGUUAUGCUUGUAUUCCAAGUGGCAUUCAAAAGUCUCAAAUCUUAAUCUUGUAAACAGUAAUCCAUUACAUAGAUAAGAAAUCAGAUCCAAACAAGAGAGCUACAAUAAGUUACAAUUUAUAAUUGGGGUUCCCAACCUUUUUUAUGCAAUGGAUCAAUACCAUGAAGCAAGGGAUCCAUCAACCUCAGGUUGGGAACCCCUAGUUUGGAACAAUAAAUUUUUAAAAAUAAUAAUCUGGUUCCACUUUUACUGUAUUAUCUCCGUUGCAAAAUCUGGCUAAGAAAUUUCUUAAAGCUGUUUUAGCUUUUAAAUAUUAUUUAUUUAUUAAAUUUUAGAAAUUACAAAGAAUAAAUGUGAUAAUAAAAUAGUAAGAAAAAUAAUAUUAACCCUCCCCCCCUUAACCCUUAUCUAAAGAAAGAAAACAAAAGGAAAGAAGAGAAAGAUUGCCUGGAUAUCAGAGGAUCCCCACAUGCUCCAUGGAGUUCAAAAUAAUUUUGAUAUUUAUUUUUACUUUCCCCAAUUACUAUAAUUUUAUCUUCAAAGGACCUAUGUAUUUAAUCCUAUUUUUGUAAGUAUGGGAACCAAAUUUUCAAAAAUAUAUCAUAUUCAUUUCUUAGAUUAUACGUAAUUUUUUCAAAUGGAAUACAACUAUGUAUUUCAUUAUUCCAACGAUCCAUAGUUAAAUAUAAAUCAGAUUUCCAAGUAACUGCGAUAACUUUUUUGGCUACUGCCAAUGCAAUUUUUAUAAAUUUUUUCUGAUACUUAUUCAAUUUAAAUUUUGUUAUUGUCCCUUCAAUAUCUCCUAAUAGUGGACUAUGUGGGAGUUGUACUCCAAUAAUUUGUUCCAAUAAAAGUCUUAAAUUUAUCCAAAAUGAUUGAAUUUUAAAACAAGACCAAGUAGAAUGUAAAAAAGUACCAAUUUCUUGAUUACAUCGAAAACAUUGGUCAGACAUAUUUGAAUUUAAUCUAUUUAUUUUCUGUGGUGUUAUAUAUAAUUGAUGUAAAAAAUUAUAUUGUAUUAAUCUAAGUCAAACAUUUAUUGUAUUUUUCAUACUAUCAGAACAUAAUCUUGACCCGUUUUUCCAUCAAUUUUAACAUUCAGAUCAGAUUCCCAUUUUUGUCUUGAUUUAUGAAUUCCUAAUUUAAUUGUCUGCUUUUGAAUCAAAUUAUACAUACAAGAUAUAAAUUUUUUAAUUUUUCCUUUCUGAAUUAAUAUUUCUCUCACUAGGUUUUGGCAUCAACAUUGUUUGUCCCAACUUUUCUCGUAAAUAGGCUUUUAAUUGAAAAUAACAGUAAAGAGUGUUAUUUGAUAUUUUAUAUUUAUUUUUUAAUUGAUCAAACGACAUCAAUAUACCUCCUUCAAAACAAUCACCUAUAUAUUUAAUCCCCUUUUGAAACCAAUUAUGUAAAAGUUUAUUGUCCAUUGUAAAAGGAAUAAGCCUAUUUUGAAUUAAAGUUCUUUUUGCUAAUAAAGAUUUCUUUAUCUCAUCGUCCAUAUUUACCUUAUUCCAUAAAUCAAUCAAGUGUCUUGAUAUAGGAGAUUCUUUUUUUCCCCGUAUCCAUUUGGAUUCCCAUUUAUAUAUAAAAUCUUCUGGUAUAUUUUCUCCUAUCUUAUCUAAUUCUAUUCUAAUCUAUGCUGGUUUUUCUUCAUCAAAAAAAGAUGCAAUAAAUCUAAGUUGAUUUGCUUUAUAAUAAUUCUUAAAAUUUGGAAGUUGUAACCCUCCUAAAUCAAAUGUACAUGUCAAUUUUUCCAAUGAUAUUCUUGACAUCUUUCCAAAGAAAUUUCCUUACAUAUUUAUUCAGUUCUUGAAAAAACUUCUGAGGUAAUUGUAUUGGUAAAGUUUGAAAUAAAUAUUGCAAUCUAGGAAAUAUAUUCAUUUUUACAGCUGUUUUAAAGCAUUUUAAAGCUGUUUUAUCAAUGCAAGACAUAUUAAAAGAAAAAAAUCCCAGAGAAGAAAUGUACAUAAUAUGUCUGUAUGUAAUAUUUUAUAUAUUUAUGUUACAUGUAUGUGUAACAUAAAAAUGUAGAAAGGUGCUUAUGCAAAGGUGUACUUAGUUCGAGCUACUGGAUAAUUUGCAAUAGUUCAAUUUGGAAGUUUUGGAAUAAUUUAUGAUUACAAAGGAAGUUAAAAACUACUUUGUGGAUAAACCAAGUAAAGAAUGAAAACAUGCAAAUAUCUUGGGUCAUUCUGAUUAUCAGCAAGCUUGAAUUACAGAAAAAUGCUGGAUCCUUUAGUUGUUAUAGAAUAAGCAAUGAUUGUAUUUGUCAUACAAACAUUGCAUAUAAGAUCUAUCACAUUGCUAUCACCCAUCUUACCUUAUUCAACCAAAAACAUUCAAUCAGGUUAUAUUGUGUAUCAAAAACACUAGAAGUUGGUCUAUCAAUACUCGAGAUUAUUCAUUUGUUAAAGUUAAGAUUUUUCCAAUGGUAAAUGCUCUGUUUCCCUUAUAGGAGGUCAAAUGUUUGUAUCUCAGCCUCAUAUAGUGUAAAUAAAUCCGAUCUAUUACAAAUUAGUGCUAUAGAAAU